AUUUAAUGUGAUAAAAACAAAUUUUUAUACAUCCCUGCAGAGUUAACUAACUUAAUAAUGGACGACCAAAACCAUGAUGGGCCUGUUACUGUGUGGCAAAUGUUUAAUGCACCGACGAUGGUUUUGUUCAAUAAUUUAGAACUAGCUGCUGAUGGAUUAGAAAGAUUGUUGACCUCUAUUUUAAAGUUGUCAGGAGAUUUUUCAGAAGUUCUCGUGCCGAGGCCUGGGUCUUCAAAGUAUCCGGAUUGUUACUAUAAUGCAUUCAAUACAUGGUUACUUGGGAGAUUGUUUUAUAUUUGGUCUGUGAAUGAAUUGGACAGGAUAUAUAUAUCUAGUAAAGAUGCCCAGUUGAAGAUUCUCCAUAUAUUAUGUGGAAAUGGUGCCAGCUUUUUUAAUGAAAUACACUCUGAGUAUUUUGAUAUACUGUCAAAAUUAAUAAAUUAUUACAAGGAUUAUACAAAUCAUAAUGAACAAACAGAAUUAGUGCUUGAAAAUUUUAAACCUACCCAGAUUGAUAUACCCAGCACUCAGUUGAAUUUGGAGCCAAUAUUUGUAAAAGUGAAUAACCUGGCAACAUGUCAAACAUUGAUUGAAUUAUUAUUGGAAUUACUUUCAGAAAGCAUGCCUGCAAACUCUUUGCACAUUGAUGUAACGAAAAAGGAAUAUCAAAUAGUAUUCAAUGAAGUACUAUAUAUGCUUGAAAAUUAUAAUGUUGACAUAAAAUUGGUUUCACUUAAUUUUUUUAUCAACUUAUUUAAAAUGUAUGAUGAAGUAUCACUUAAUAAGUUUCAAUCCGUUUUCCCCAAAAUCUAUAAUGAUAUUCUGGAAUCAGUUGAGUCUCUUAUAAAGUCUAUAAAUGUUUACUAUGAAAAAAGUGAAAUUGAUUUGGUAUAUUUAAAUAAAUUUAAUACAUUUCUAUUACAAUUUAUAAAAUUUACUAUAAAAAAUAUGGAAAGGGGUCAAGACGAAAAUUUAUUAAAUAUAUGCACAGGGAUUCUUAGAAUGAAUAACAAUAAAAUUUUCAACAAGGAUGUAAGACUGCAGUGUAUGUACUUAAGUAUGAAAUUAGAUUUGCCUAAAAAUAUAAUGAAUAUUGAGAAUAGGGAUGCUUCAGAAAUUGACAUGUUCUCUGAUUAUUACUGUAAACAUAUAUUAGCAUAUAUCCAAAACAAGGAACCUGAUAAAUUGAAUAGUAUGGAAAACUGGUGGUACAAUCAAGUUUUAUCAAUAGUAAAGUCUUUGAAAAGCUGUGAAGAUAACAGCACACACUUUAUAAUAUGUGAAUAUCAUUUAAAAAGAUGUAGCAGUGUUCUAAAUAUUUUGCAAAAUGUCAUAUUGCAGACUGAAUGCAUUACACAGAUUAGUAUUAUAUCAAGACCCUUACUACUGGACAAAACAACUGUUCUUUCUCUUUGGGGAACAAUAUUAAAAAUCAUAGAACUGAAUAAACAAGAGUUUACUGCAAACAUUAGUUGCACAAAAACUAUUAUGGAUAUUCUGCAUAGCACAGUAGUAAUUGUUUUUGGGAGUCUACAUUUAACAGAAAGUAAUACCUUAUUACAAUGUUUGUGCUUAAAAGAUUCACUUCAAUUUACUGAACAUAGUGUACUUACAUAUUCUCAGCAAUUAAAGAUAUUAAUACUUACAUACACAAUGAUUACCAGAAUCUUUUUAAAAACAAAGCCAAGUGAAAACUGGACUAUAAUAAUUACAUUUUUGGCAAAUGAGUUGUUGAAAAAUAAGACGACCAGUGCAUAUAGUGUGAUAAUCCCCAUAUGUCCACUUCUGUUAUUAAAUCAAGCAGUUUCAGUCAGCAAAUUACUUAGUGAAGUUUUAAUGCCAGCCUUUUUAAGUAAAGACACAAUACUGCAAAGUAAAGUAUUGCAAGUUUUACCAGCUAUUGGAUGUAUGUCUUUAGGAACUAUAGACGUUGCGAUAAGCACUUCAAAGAAUGACAAGGGACAUUCAUUAUUUAAAAAUGAUGCUAUAGAUAUUUGUAUACUAUGCUCAAGAUGUCAUAUUGAGCAGAAGAAAAGUAUGACUGAAUAUAUUAAAGUUCCCAUAGAAAAUACUCAGAACAACACUGGAAAUGUAACUGUAUUAAAUGGUCUCAAGAAUCUAUUUUCCAAAUUUUUAAAUUUAAAACAAAUAACUAGUACAGACCAUAAGGAAUAUUGGAAUCUUUUAGGAAGACUGUGCAACCACUACUAUGUAUUCAAUUAUGGAGUUUCAAAAGAUAUACUGGUGGCAGACAAUUGUGAAAAUAUAUUAAAGAUAUUUACUCCAUAUAUAGAUGGUAUCAUGAUAGAUACAGAUGAGGAGUGGAAGGCACAGAAACAGACAGUACUUGGUGUGUGUGUUAAAUUGCUUGUGGAGUUAACACAAACCUGUUUAGAAAAUAAUGAUUAUAAUCAACGGACUCAUACUAUAAAUCUUAUAAAAACAUUUGGGAAAUAUCAUAAUGAGAAUGUACUGUUACCAGCGACCAAACUCUUGGUCUAUUUUAUAAUGUAUCCACAGUGUUCUCUCGGUGCUAAAGCUGUUGUAUAUUUACGAGAAAUUUCUGAAUUUCAAGGAUAUACCCCCAACCAAGUGUAUCAUAGGUAUAAGAAGGAUUACUGCAGGCUCUUUGUGGAAUGUAGCUUGUAUAAUGGAAAAGAGUUUGCAAUUUCAUUAUUAAAAGUUGUUAGGGCAUUUGGCUUUGUCGGGUAUAGAGAUUUCAUAUCAAAAGACGUACAUCAUUUCCUACCGUACCUCAUACCUUAUUCAGUGACAAUAAAGGAAGUGCCCUCUAUGAUAGAAGAAAUCGCGUCUUUAGUGCAAUGCUCUGUCUCAGAUUUCCUAAUUGAAAGAUUUCCUCAUAUAUAUGUCUACGUGUAUUUGUAUGAAAACACUGAAGUUUCAAAGAGAUGUUUUGACGUCAUCGAAAGAUUGACAAAGACUUCUAUUUUGAAUUUGAUCAAAAAACAUUUCAGAGUAAUCCUGACGGAAUUUCUGUUGCAAUAUUGUUGCGACCCGGAGAAAGUUCUGAAUGCUUGUAGAUACCUAGCAUGUCAUGAUCCUGAUGUGUCGACACCCAACAUCAAUACAACUAUGAGUACAGCGCAAAUAGCCGACUUUUUGAACCCAAAGUUUCUUGGUGUUCUAGCAUACUUUGAUCAUAAGUUAGUGAACGCUAAAGUGGCGUUAUCAGUCAAAAGGAAGGCAUUAAAAAGUUUUCCUGAUAUUCUAAACCUAAUGGGAGUGAAGUAUUUAACACCAUUGAGGUUUAAAGUUCUGGCUACACUUAGAUCUGCUUUACCCUUAGCUAAAGAAUUUCCAAAAAUUUUGGCAGAAGCAUGGGGGGCCUUUAUUCACAAUAUUGAUAGCAUGUCUCUUGGACCUCUGUUAUCAAAUUUUGCAGUAUCAUUGAUGCAACAGUUUGAUUAUGCCCCUCAAGAGAUUAAUAAAAUUUUCCAAUAUCUCAUUCUAAAUAAUGAGAACUUGUUGAGUUCACAUAUAUCGGAUCUGUUCUUUUUAGAAGAUAGCAAAAUAUCUGAGAAAGUGAAAAUAGUUAUCAAAAGGCAUGUGAGAAGGACACAGCCUGAAGGAUUUUUAGAUAAAAUAAAAUGGUAUUUACAGCAUUUGAAUCAAGAUAUACCAAGCAUUAAAGCAUAUGCCUUCUCUAAUUUGGACAAUCUGUUAAAGAGCAAUAGGACUGAAAUACACAAGGCUAUAUUUGGAGGCAAAACUAUUGAUUCCGUUAUAGUUGAACUUAUAGACUCAUUGCUUUUAGGUUGUAAAGACAGCGACGCAAAUGUUAGUACGGUAAGCGGCGCCUGUCUCGGGCAACUUGGUGCGAUAGAAGCGGGCCACCUGCCGCGCCAGUAUGUGCAACCCGAUCGUUCACCAUUUGCGUUUUCUAUAGGCGACAACUGCUUCGCUGCUACAGCGUUAAUGGAACUCACGAGAGCAUUCCAGUAUGAGAAGGAUACUAUGAAUAUGGAUUGUUAUGCUUUAACUAUUCAAGAGAUAUUAAAGAUAUAUGAUAUUUCGCCUACUGGCAGCAAAAGGGAAGUAUGGGACAGUUUUCCAGAAAACAUGCAUCAAAUUAUGUUUCCUUUACUGAGUUCCAGGUACACAUUAGCAUAUCCAUCACAGCCAAAGAAGGCUCACCCACUUUUUGGUUCAAUAUAUGCAACUACAUUUCUGGAAUGGGCUCAUAAUUGGACUGGCCAAUUGAUCCCUCUGAUAGAGUCGGAGAAUGUACGCGAACUAUUGCGUACAGUCCACCCGAGUAUGCGCCGUGAUGUCCGAACACUCUUCCUGUUUCUGCCGUACGCAUUAUUACACGCUAUUAUGUCAAAGACAAACAACAAGUACAUACAAGAAGAGAUAUUAGCUGUAAUUGGUUUGGAGAAUUUCGAAAAUGUACAAUUGAUAACCGAGAGAUGUAAAUAUAAAGUACUACGUCAUAUAAGAAUGACGCCAAAUGUGAUAUCAGUACAAGCUGAAGAGGGUAACCAGAGUAAAUGCAGUAAAACUAUCUACACACUCUUGGAUUUUUUGAACAGAUGGUUAUUGGAAUGGUGUUACUCAAAGCAAAGACCUCUUGAGAACGAGAAUUACAAAGCGAUAGCUUCAUUUUUGGAGAAAUUUGACAAGUUGGCAAUAGCUCGUGGGAACUUCAUGUGCGGCGAGCUCGAGCGUGCAUUGCAGUAUCUUGAAUUAUAUAUGGACGAGAGAAUUAAUAAAAUGCAGGAACAGUUACCUCUAUUGGCCGAGAUAUAUGCACUUCUAGAUGAACCUGACUCUGUUGCUGGUAUUUUAUCAAUACAGCGAUCGGAGCCGUCACUGAAGGAAUUGAUACUUGCACAAGUAGUCACUGGGCGGCUGCAGGAUGCUGCCCUUUGUUAUGAACGACUGGCACAAGAAGGCCAAUUGGAUAUACAUAGUUUACAGGGUAUGAUAGACUGUUACUUGGGUUUGGAUCAACCAUUCACGGCAUACCGGCUGCUCAGUGAACAUGAAUCUGAAGAUUGUAUGGAGCUCGCAGCUGAACCUCUUUGGCGUUUGGGGCGGUUUGAACAACUCGAGGAAUUAGCUAAGAAACCUGUACCCGCAUCCAGAGAGAAUUGGGGUUUGUUAAUGGGUCGUAUAUUGCUAUCGUUUCGAGCUCAAGAGCACGACCUGUUCAUGACAUCAUGUAGGGAAACUCGGAACAGGCUGUUGUUGCAAAUUGAGGGAGCACUGCGGGGCGGGUACCAGGCUGUACUCGGGCUACAUAUAGUCACGGAGGCCUGUCAUAUGGAAGAAGUAUUGAGAAAGCUUAAAAACGUAAAAGACGGUGAAAGACUAGGAACGGAUAUAAUAAAUCAGUUGUUAGACGAAUGGCGCCGAAGACUCUCGGUCGUUCAAUCUGACGUACGUACAAUUGAGCCAUUAUUACGACUGCGGAGAAUAUUGUUGCAGCAAACACAGGAAUUAUUGGAACCAACUCAUCCAAUGACUGCAAACAGACUGAAAGCUUGUAUAGGAAAUCUUUGGUUGGAGAGUGCCAAACACGCUCGCAAAGCUAGCAUAUUUCAACAGUCGUACAUGUAUAUACUGAACGCGGAGGAGUAUCAACCGGAAGAAUUGUUCAUAGAAAAGGCGAAGAUGUAUUGGGCGCGUGGACAACACGAACACGCUUUCACCACUCUUCGUAGAGGACUUGAUGAUGCCUAUCCUAUUUUGGAACAACUUAAUAACGAACAGAGAAAGACAUGUGCCAAGGCGAAACUUUUGAUAGCCAAAUACAAUGAUGAGACUACCAAUGUGGACGUUGAUGUCAAUAUCGGCUACUAUAAGGAAUCAGUUGAAGUUUUCAAGCAGUGGGAAAAGAGCUUGGUGUGCCUCGGUUCUUACUAUGAGAAAGUAAGUAACGGAGAAAACACAUCGAAUCCUAAUAUAAUGUGGACGCGGAAAUUGUACGCGCUCAACAGCUACGGAAAAGCAUUGCAGUAUGGACACAAGUACCUGUACCAGAGUAUGCCGAGGAUGUUAUCUAUAUGGUUGGACAUGGAAGUGACAUCGGUAGAUAUCAGCGCCCAUACAGUAUUGGCACAAAUGACAGAAAUUAUAAAAACUUAUUCGGAAAGAUUGCCUAUUUACUUAUAUUUGACUGCGUUCUCACAGAUUGUAUCAAGAAUUUGUCAUCCUGUUAAAGAGGUAUACCUUCAGUUGAAGGCUAUUAUAGUGAAAUUAAUACUAGCGUAUCCUCAACACACGCUAUGGAUGAUGAUGUGUGUGAUAAAGUCGGCGUACCCGCAGCGUAUAAAGCGAUGCGCUGAUGUAUUCGCAGAGCCUCGCCUUAAGGAACCCCAUAUGCUGAAACUGGUCAGCGAUUUCACGCAACUCGCUGAGAAAUUGAUAGAGUUGUGUAAUAAGCCCAUCGCUGGUAGUGGAUCGUCCACAACAGUAUCUGCCCUGGUCCGUACUCUGCCUCGAUUGCUUGCCAGCGACAGCUUCAGCCACAUAAUGAUGCCUUUUCAAGAGUUCUGCAAAAUAGUGCUUCCUUCAAAAGACGCGAGGCAAGAACGCAUCGACUUCAAUAUACCAGUAGAACCGCCAGUGUACAUAGCCGGUAUCGAGGAACAUAUCAGUAUAUUGCCUUCUCUACAAAAACCUAGGAAAGUGACUUUAAGAGGUUCAGAUGGCAAAUCAUAUAUAAUAAUGUUGAAACCUCGUGACGACCUUCGUAAAGACUACAGGCUCAUGGAGUUCAAUGGCGUAGUGAACAGGUUCCUACAGGAUGCGCCCGAGACGCGCCGUCGUCGUUUGUAUAUAAGGACGUACAGUGUGUUACCGUUAAAUGAAGAAUGUGGCUUAAUUGAAUGGGUACCGAAUUUAGUGGGACUAAGGCCUAUAUUAAUGCAUAUAUAUAAACAAAAAGGAAUUCAUACAAGUAAUCGAGAGUUAAAAGAAUUAAUGUGCUCAAACAAAGAUCCCGUUGAGAAGAAAAGGCGCAUAUACGAAGAACAGUUGCUUCCGAGACAUCCCCCUGUCUUUCAAGAGUGGUUCAGGCGGGUGUUCGCCGAUCCAUAUGGAUGGUACCAAGCUAGGUCGGCCUAUAUAAGAACAACAGCUGUUAUGUCUAUGGUCGGAUAUAUUUUAGGACUAGGUGAUCGACACGGUGAGAACAUAUCGUUCGAUUCCACGAAUGGUGACACAGUCCACGUGGAUUUCAACUGCCUCUUCAACAAGGGCGAAGCGUUUGAGUGGCCGGAAAGGGUUCCGUUCAGGCUUACUCAUAAUAUGGAGGCGGCAAUGGGGCCGCUGAAACAUGAAGGAAUGUUUAGGAAAAGCUGUGAAGCCGUUAUGCGUGCCUUACGCGCACAGACAGCAGCCCUAAUGUCUGUAAUCGGUCCGUUCGUAUACGACCCGCUGGUGUCGUGGGGCCGGGCUCGUCCUGCCGAUGCCGAGCGAACCAAUGAACAAGCGUUGUUGCAUUUGCUACACAUACGGCAGAGGCUCAACGGCAUGGUAAAAACAAAAAAUAAACAAUUGUCACUGUCGCUAUCUCCGGAAGGCCAAGUGGAGCAUUUGAUCGUAGAAGCUACCAGCAUUCAUAACCUCUGUCAAAUGUACAUAGGAUGGGGACCGUUUUUGUAACUAAGAAGAAAAUGUAGUGCCUUAUUUAAUAUACAUUUUAGUAAGACUACGCAUGGCUGUUAUUAAUAUUUAAGAUAUAUAUGUUUAUAAUUAAUUGGUUGGUUAUCUGAUUAAAACAUUAUUUAAUUA